CGGGUGAUGUGUCAUCCAUGCUUCCGGCGCUGUUGGCCAUCUUUUCAUUUCGGACUCUGAAGCAGACUGAACGCGUGGAUUAGGAAUUAGCUCCAUCUUCCAAAAUGAGGAUCUACAAGGACAUUAUUACAGGUGACGAGAUGUUCUCGGACACUUAUAAAGUCAAACUGGUGGAUGAGGUGAUCUACGAGGUGACGGGAAAGCUGAUCCAGCGAGCGCAGGGCGACGUCAAAAUCGAAGGAUUCAAUCCAUCAGCCGAGGAGGCUGACGAGGGCACAGAUGAGGCCGUGGAGAGUGGCGUGGACGUCGUCCUGAAUCACCGACUGUGCGAGACAUACGCCUUCGGCGACAAGAAGUCCUACACACUCUACCUGAAAGACUACAUGAAGAAGCUGAUCGAGAAGCUGCAGGAGAAGAAUCCCGAUCAAGUGGACACGUUCAAGAACAACAUGAACAAAGCCAUGAAGGACAUCUUGGGGCGAUUUAAGGAGCUGCAAUUCUUCACCGGAGAGUCAAUGGACUGCGACGGAAUGGUGGCAAUGAUGGAAUACCGUGACAUUGACGGUGAUUCCGUGCCAAUUCUCAUGUUCUUCAAGCACGGCCUUGAGGAGGAGAAGUUCUAACGUUUCCAGCAAAUUCUGGCCAACCAACAUACAGCCUCCAUUCCUCGGAGAUCAUCUGACCACUUGAGAUUAUACAUCGCGCAGAAGAAGACAACAACUCCGAGACGUAUAUUUACACACAUAUUGAAAACGAGGAAAAUGCUUUACAUUUGCUAUCUCUUAAUUUAACUAAAAAAAAAAUAUAGCCUCAAUUUUUCCGGAAAAAUUAUAUCUAAUUCUAAACUGUUUACUCGUUUUAAUAGGCUAAUUUGUAAAUUAUAUUUUUCAAGAAUUAUGAAAAGAAAUCUUGCGAAUGAAUAUCUCAAUGUAAAUAAUUAUUUUUCUCCGUGAAAUACACACAAUUUUACAUCC